UUGAUGCUUUACAAAAAUUGAGUCAUGUGACUGGAUCAAAGGUUAUUUCAACUUUUUCUUGCACAUUAUAAACAUGGUAGAUCGGCUGGUAAACAGUGAAGCCAAUCGUAAACGGAUUGAGCAAGUGGAAUUAUGCUUUGGAGGCUCAGGCCAGCCCCUAGCUGUUCCAGGGCGAGUGUUGGUCGGCGAGGGCGUCCUCACAAAGAACUGCCGGAAAAGAUGCAAGCCUCGUCAAUUCUUCCUCUUCAACGAUGCCUUGGUUUACGGCAAUAUUGUACUCAGUAAAAAGAAGUACAACAAACAACAUUUAUUGCCCUUGGAGGAUGUGAGGUUAAAAUCAGUGGACGAUGAAGGCAAUUUAAAGAAUGGUUGGCAGAUAAUCAGUGCGACCAAAUCAUUCACAGUGUAUGCUGCCACGGCAACAGAGAAAUCAGAAUGGAUGGCACAUAUCAACAAAUGCAUCUCAGAUCUGCUAGCAAAAAGUGGGAAGAAGCCUGCCACGGAGCUAAGUCCGGUCUGGGUUCCUGAUCAUGAUGCCCCACAUUGUAUGCUGUGUAAUAAGAGGUUUACCACCCUGUUCAGACGGCACCAUUGUCGGAAGUGUGGUAAAGUGGUUUGCCAAUCUUGCUCUGCGAAGAAGUUUCUUCUACCCCUUCAGUCGGAAGCCCCCGUCAGGGUAUGUGAUUACUGCUACCAACAGCUUUCAUUGGAGAAGAACGGGACGAGAGAAAGGCUUGGACAGACUCGGAAUGCUGCCCCUCUUGAUCAAGACUCCGAUGACGAUGAUGACGAUGAUGAGGACAAUGAUGGUAUCAAUAGAAAUACACAAGCAGAAGAUGUGCAUCCAACAUUCUACGAAGAAAAUUACCGAUGAGAUGAUCCAGUGGCUACCCCAUUCCUCUUGUGCCAAUUUCAAUAACAUGGAAACCUUAACCCUUUUAAUUCCUGGAACUGGUUGACCCCUGUACAAAGCGUAUGAGAAUGAUAGAACUCGGAAGUCAACAGAUUAACCCUUUGCUGACAGGAACCCGGUGACCCCUGUACAAAGCCUAUGGGAAUCACAGAACUCAGUAGUCAACAGAUUAAUCCAUUGCCUCCUGGAAUCAGGUGAUCUCUGUACAAAGCCUAUGGGAAUCACAGAACUCAGUAGUCAACAGAUUAAUCCAUUGCCUCCUGGAAUCAGGUGAUCUCUGUACAAAGCCUAUGGGAAUCACAGAACUCAGGAGUCAACUCAGAUGUCAAUAGAUUCAAAUUGGAAGCAUGUCCACUGACUUGUGUAGGCAUGUUCACAUAGGUUUUCUCCUCUUCUUAAGAAGCCUUUACAAUCCAUUGAUAUGUUCACACGUACCUUGUAGCGAUUAUCAUCGUGUUCAUAUGCCUGAAUGAAUAAGACCAUGCAUUAAAUCAUAUAAAACUUUUGACCUGUUCACACAUGUUAAAUAAACUGUGUGAACUCCAUAGACUUUGCAUGGGGCCCACAUGUUAACAAAGUGCUUAAUGGACAUUUAAAAAGAAAGAAAAAUGUAUAGAUCUGAAUAAUGAUGUUACAUAUGUAAUGAAAAAAGAAAUUUGAAUUUAUGAACUUUUAAAUAUAAAAAGAGUGGAAUAUAUUCCUUCUUUUUUCCGACCUCUUAUUUAGUUUUGGGAGCAAAGGUAUACAUGUGUAUUGGUAAUAUACAGGUCAUUUCCAAAGCAGCUUUGACUGUAUUUUCUAAAGAGCAGGUCGAUUGAGAAUCCACUUUUUUGUAAUAUUUUCUUAACGAUCAACAUUUGUGACUUUAAAAAAAAUGUGUAUAUCGUAUCAUAAGCAGAUGGUUUCAUGAUAUGGCCCAAUUCUUAUCUGGACUUAAAAAGUGUUUAGGAAGCCUUUUUGGCAAGCAAGAAUGGUUUAGAUGUACAUGUUUAAGUAUUGCUCAGAAAAUUUUGCGAUCAUUUUCUAAUUUUGAAUUCCUCAAUAUGAGAUGUUCCUUUUACUGUAAGAUGAUGACAUGAAAUACGAUUAUGGUCCCAUAUGGUUUCAUAAUGGGUCCCACAUAUGAUUUCAUAAUAUUGCCUACAUAGGCUUUCAUAAUGGGUCCGAUAUGGGUUUCUUAAUACGUUCCCACAUAUGGUUGCAUGAUAAGACUCGUAUAUAGUUCCAUUAUUGGUCUCAUAUACGGUUUAUUGAUUGGCCCCACAUAUGAUUUUAUAUACAGGGCUCAAAUUGGGUUUUAUAAUAGGGCCCUCUGAUGAGUUCAUAAUAAGGCCCAUAUAUGAUUUUCUGGUAGGGCCCACAAUUCCACAUAGGGUUUCAUAUUAGGUUACACAAAUGAUUUCAUACUGAGUCCCACACAUGAUUUAUUAAUUGGCGCCACAUAUGAUAAUUCCAUCAUAGGUCCCAAAUGUGGUCUCUUAUUAGGUUCUGCAUAUGGUCUUAUAAUGGUUACCAACUCACACCUAUCGUUUCAUAUGGUUUUAUCAAAAUAGGUCUCUAUUAUACCGAUUUAAUUGUUUCGUCUGCUACCCCAUUGACUUAAAAAAAAAAAAUGCUGAGCUUUAAUUGAGCGCUGUGAAGCACAUUGCCUAAAGAUCAAGCCUAGCAUUUCCCACUGCAAUAAGAAAUUUUAAGUGUAAUGGAAACUAAAAUGAUGAAAUCUUGCUGAUUAAUGCUCAAAGCUGCCCUUUUCACAUUUAGAAACGCCUCCAACACUUAACUUAUCAGCACUGGGGCCUGUUGCCGGAAGAGUUGCAAUCAAUCGCAACUCUAAAAAUCAUGCGCAACUUGAUUUUCAAUAAAUUAACAGCGCGCAUUUCGGACUUGUGAUUGAUUUUUGACUUGCGUUUAAACGCAACUCUUUCUGCAAUGGACCCCUAAACACAUAAGGAACUUGCUCUCUCUACUUAGGUUUCAUUAGUGAUUGUAGGUUAUCGCAAGUUUAGGAAUGAUUAGAUUGCACAAAAUUACUGUAGUUGAAAUAAAACUAAUGAGAUAUGUUGAUUUGAAAAAGGAUAAUAUUGAUAUGUAUUCAGUGACCUUUGACACGAGGAAGGCCAAUUAAUUGUAUAUGAGAUUAAGAUGUAUUAUAUCUUUUAUCAUGUUUUUUGCAGAUAUAUAUAAGCAUAGUAUACAAAACUUUUACUUUUAAUGCAUGCUCUUUUUUAUCUCUUGUCAUUGUAUUAGAAGUAAAACAGUAUCGCUAUGGUGAUAACCAUGUUUAUAUUUGCGAAACUUUGGUUUUACAAUAAAUUUACGUUUGUAUUGUAAAAUUUGGUACAUGGACCCUCUCAAUACAAAUGUGAUAUUUUUUGUCCUAUAUCAGCUAUUUUUAGAUUUUUUAAAUAUUCUUUUUACUAAUUAUUUACUUAUUUGUGUUCUGGGUAUGAUUGGAGCUACACUUAUUUAUUUAACUUUCAUCUCUUGCUACUUUUCACUUUGAAUUUGAGUAGUGCUGUUCGUACACUGUUUAAUUCAUAAAACAAAGGGGAAAAAACUUAUAUUAAUUAUAAAUUCAAGAAAUACAAAUUGUAGUACAUGCAAUUUCUAGACAUUUCUUAACGUUUCUCCUAAUAUAAACUAAUGCAUGGAAAAUAAGCCUGAAAAUGUUUCUUUGCUGCAUAUGUAGAUAUUUAGCUCAACUUAAAUAACACAGUAAAAGUAUACCUUACAAAACUGCCAACAUUAUCAUUUCAUAUCUGCGCACAGAUUUUUUAAUCAUUUCUCUUACCGUAUUUACAUGUUUACUGACAUUUCACUUUGACCUUCAAUAUCUCCAUCUAAUAUGGCAAGAAAGGAAAUCACAAUGAUGUUGACCAUAAUGGGGGGGGGGGAUGGUCUAACCAUGUAUGGUUAUUAGAUUCUCUCUGGCAAGUUGUAUGAAAAGUCUCUUUUAAUUCAUGUUUCCUUUUUAUAUAAUCAAUCACGUCCAUUACGUCUCACCUUUUUUAUAUAAUUAGUGAUGUCCAUUACGUCUACAAAUUCAGCUAUUGAAAAGCAAUGUCUCUUUCUGUCAGAAUAAUUUUUCUAUCUGCAUUCAACAAAGUUGAUUUAUCCCUUUAACCCAUGAAGGUAAACAGCUUUCAUAAGCUCAAAAUAAAACUUAUUUUCAUUAUUAGAUCAGCAACAAUUAUUUUCUAUUCAUAUUCAUAUGUUCAUGUAAAUAGAACCCAUGAGAUACACAGACUUUCAUAAGUAAAAAACACAAAUCCCGUUAUACUCCUUAAAUUGGCAACCAUUAUUAAUUUUCUGUUUAUAUCCAUAUGUUCAUAUGAAUUGAAUCAUGAGGUACACAUAUUUCAUAAGUUAAAAAUUAAUAUUGUUUUGAUCCUCAAAUCAGCAACCAUUAUUAAUCUUCUAUUCAUUUGCACAUAUGAAUAGAACCAAUGCAAUACACAGCGUUCAUAAGCUCAAAAUAAAUCUUAUUAUGAUCCUCAAAUUGGCAACCAUUGUUAAUUCUCUAUGAAUUCAUAUGUCCAUGUGAAUAGAUUCCAUGAGGUACACAGCUUUCAUAUGCUAAAAAAUUAAUCUUGCUAUGCCUAUCAAAUCAGCAACAAUCAUUAAUUUUCUAUUUUUCAUAUUUUCCAAUAAUUCUUAAAUGGAUAUAGCGCAGUGAUUAUUUAAUGACAAAAGAACGAUUCUUCUGAAGUUGCUGAUUGCAUUUUGAAACAGUGAUUUUUUUUUAUUUACUCUGUAAUGAUUAGCUCAAGUUAACUGGCUAUUAUUCAUGCACUACAAACUGCAUGUUGAACGGUAU